AUGGACUCGGCUGACAACCUGGUGGAGAUCGCCUUCCGGCGUUGUGUCACUAUCCCGCGCAUGCUCAUUCAGGUCAUAGGCUGGAGUGUGCCUCAUCAUGACUUCUUGUCCAGACUGACAAUCCGCUGGGCAACACUAGAUGCAAUCGCAUUGUAUGAAUUCUCAAAGUUCUUGAGCAACGUGAAUCUCACCGAGAUUUGUCUAGACGACUCGCCCGUGAAGGGGCGAAACUACGAGGUGCUCCUGGCCAGCCCUAACAGCUUGCGCUAUCUGUCGCUGGCGCGCUGCGACCUGGACGACGAGGACACUGCGCGGCUGGCCACGCACCUGCAGUACCCGCGGCCCGCCGCCAGCUCGCUGGCCGUGCUGCUACUGGUCGCCAACCGCGUCGGGGACGCCGGCGCCGCCGCGCUGGCCGACGCGCUGCGCAGUAACCGUACCCUGCGGUGCCUCAAUCUAUCGGGCAACGUCAUCUCCGACGUGGGAGCCAUUAGUAUAUUUGAGACUCUCACGGAAUUUCCUUUGACGGCCGACGAAAUUAUUAAAAAGAGAUUGCGGUUCCUCGAAUAUCUAAAAUUGAAGAGCGAAGUGUACGACAAAUGUGUGAGACAGUUGAUUCUGGAGAGAAAUCACGACGAAGGUCGGGCGAUGAGGCGGCGGCCGACAUUACAAGCCCCGCAGAGGAGGUACAGCGUGAAGGCGUCGCAGUUCAGCAACGCCUUGUACCAGAAAGCGGAGGCCUUGGCAAACGAGCUGGUGGGCGUGUUCACAGACCCCUUCAGUGUCGAGCAGACGGUGACGCGCAGCGACCACACGUACUGCAUCGGCAACACCAGCCUGUGCUGGCUCAACCUGUCCUACAACAACCUGGAGUACUCCAGCCUGGGCGCGCUGUACGAGGCGCUGGCGCACCAGCAGUGGCUGGGCCCGCGCGCCGCGCCCGGCCUGCUGCGGGUCAACGUCGACGGGAACCGCCUGCCCGUAGACUGCGACCAAUUGUUUCUCAUUGAAGAUUUAUUGCAUAGGGCUCGGUGCUCGAAAAGUAGGCAAAUUAAACACGUUGUCGACAAGCUCCGCCCCGGUCGUGUUCGAUCUUCCAGUUAG